CGUGUAAGUUUUGGGUUCAGUGUUAAAUGCGUUUUGACAUCUCUUUCCGUUUCCUUUUUCGCGUGAGCCGUCAUCAUGAGAGCCAAGGGUUUGUUGAAGGAAUACGAGGUCGUUGGCCGCAAGCUGCCAAGCGAGAAGGAGCCACAGACGCCUCUGUACAAGAUGCGCAUCUUUGCUCCCGACAACAUUGUCGCCAAAUCCCGUUUCUGGUACUUUUUGCGCCAGCUGAAGAAGUUCAAGAAGACCACCGGCGAAAUUGUCUCCCUGAAGCAGGUGUACGAAACAUCGCCCAUUAAGAUCAAGAACUUUGGCAUCUGGCUGCGCUACGAUUCUCGUUCGGGCACACACAACAUGUACCGCGAGUACCGUGACCUGACCGUGGGCGGUGCCGUUACACAGUGCUACCGUGACAUGGGCGCUCGUCAUCGUGCCCGUGCCCACUCCAUUCAAAUCAUUAAGGUGGAAUCGAUCCCAGCCUCAAAGACGCGUCGUGUCCAUGUUAAGCAGUUCCACGAUUCCAAGAUCAAGUUCCCAUUGGUGCAACGUGUCCACCACAAGGGCAACAGGAAGCUGUUCUCGUACAGAAAGCCAAGGACCUACUUCCAGUAAGGAGUAACCCGACAACAAAAUCAGCUGGCGUUAACGCACUGCGUGCGUUUUGCUCUUGGUUUUCACGUUUUUAAGCAGCAAGUCUUUCUAAGUGAUUCUUUCAAUAAAAAUGAGUACGUUGAAGAGUACAA